GAACAGAAGGAGGAUCAAGAGCCUCUCAGCACCGCGAGGGGGCCUGAUGCAGUAACGGAGCAUCAGCCGUUCAAGAGAGCUUCACAGGACAGGCGGGUGUGCGCACUGACUCACUCACUCACCCGUAGAGACAGACUGCGAUUGGAUGCGCGAGGCGGCCAGAUCGUGUGUUUUGUGUUGCUGCCGCGCAGUAUCUUUUCACGCAAGUGCCGAGGACUGCACGGGAAAAGUUUAUUUCAGAGACUCUCCAACUAACGGGCAUGGCCGCUCCCAGUUCCCCCUGAACGCCAGUCGUGCGGACACAACAAAAGAUGUGGAUCCACUAACAGUCUGUCUUCUGAAUAACUCAAUGACAGAUUGAGCCAUGACAGAACAGGAUGGCCGCUGUGAUUUGUCCAUCGCCCCGGGGCAGGUGUAUAUCGAGGUGGAGUUUGAUUAUGAGUACAAGGCGAAAGACAGACUAAUCUCCAUACGGCAGGGAGAAUGCUACAUGUUGGUUCGCAAAACCAACGAGGACUGGUGGCAGGUUCGUCGGGAGGAGGGCACCAAGGCUUUUUAUGUCCCCGCUCAGUACGUCCGAGAGGUCCGGCGUGCCCUUAUGCCGCCGCCCAAACCUCGUGCAAAGCCCCCUAACGUUCUUGAAAUCGCCCAGUGCUGGUCGUCAAAUGAAAAUCUCAACCAACGUGCUCCUACGGAAUGGUCCAGCUUCAGCAGGCCACCUCCUUCAACGACGCCGUCCCCAUUGCCAGGUCAACAGACCCCGCCUUUAAUGUUGCGGGACACCAAUCAGAACUCUGGGAUGAGGAGCGUUGUUGCCGAGCUCACUCUGCUUAAAAACAACAACCAUCAUAACUAUCACCAUGGCAACCCCACACUUCCACAAGGACGAGCGGAAUCCCCUCCACAGGAGCAAGGUUGCCCGGGGAAGCUCCCAGGUGGGUCGUCGGUGGAUACGGAUGGAAGCGUGUCACCAGGAAACGGGUUGGAUAAAAUGAGAAAUGACUCUGAAUCUGGAGAUGAGCUCAGCAGCAGUUCUACCGAACACAUGCAGGGCAUAUCUCCCACCGGACAGGGUCGACCCGAGUCCCCCGUUUACACCAACCUCCAGGAGCUAAAGAUCUCUCAGUCGUCUCUCCCACCUGUUCCCUCUUCCUCCCCUCUGCACAUCCUGGGUGACUGGGAAACGCACAAAGAUACUAGUGGAAGAAACUUCUACUACAACCGCAUGACUCAGGAGAGGACCUGGAAACCGCCCCGCUCUCGAGACAGUGGACUCACUCGUGGGGACACAUCCAACUCUGGAGACAUGGAGCAUUUGUCUUCUGAGGAGAACUGCCUCAGCAGCACACACUCCAGUCAGUCGGACAGUCAGUACGGAUCGCCCCCUAGAGGCUGGUCUGAGGAACUGGAUGAACAUGGCCACACACUCUAUGUAUCUGAAUACACUAAUGAGAAGUGGAUUAAGCAUGUGGACGAACAAGGGCGGCCGUAUUACUACAGCGCUGACGGAUCCCGCUCAGAAUGGGAGUUACCAAAAUAUAAUCUCUCUCCUCCAAUCUCUGAAGAAGCUCCUAAGAGUCACAGUUUGGAAAGAAAACAGCAGGAGCCCAUUCUGCUGACCAAGUGGAGACACAGCACCUAUUUGCUGGACAUCAGUGACAAGCUGCCAUUCAAAAGCAGAUGGUUCAGCGUUAAACGCCUCCCCAGGGGCUUCAGCCUGUCACUGUACAGAGAACCCUCAGAAAAGUGUGGUGUUCUCAAUGUCACCAAGAUUACUGAACAUGGCAAGAAAGUCAGGAAGAAUUGGGCCUCCACCUGGACUGUCCUGCAGGGAUACGCUUUACUUUUUGCAAAGGGUCAGGGCAGCGGCACCAGCUGGUUUGGAGGCAACCAUUCUAAACCGGAAUUUACAGUGGACCUGCGAGGUGGUUCGGUUGAGUGGGCAUCCAAAGAAAAAUCCAGCAAGAAACAUGUCAUUGAGCUGAAGACACGAGUGGGCACGGAGCUGCUGAUCCAGUCUGAGAUUGACAGUGUUAUCAACGACUGGUUCAGAGCGCUUUCUGAGACCAUCAACACACAUGCUUGGGAGUCUGAUGAGGCCAUUGAAGAGGACAUGCCGGAGUCUCCAGGAGCUGAGAAACAUGACAAAGAGAAAGACCCACGAGACUCCAAGAAACACAGAGUCGUAAAGAACCCCAGUUUGGAUUCGUCUGAGCAGAAGAAGACCAGAGUCAAACUGAAGAAGUUCCUCACACGGAGACCCACAUUACAGGCUGUCCGGGACAAGGGCUACAUAAAAGAUCAGGUGUUUGGCUGCAGUUUGGCUGUCCUGUGUCAGAGAGAAGGUACUUCCGUGCCUAAUUUUGUCAAGAUGUGCAUUGAGCAUGUGGAGAAUACAGGCUUGAAUGUUGAUGGCUUGUAUAGAGUCAGUGGAAACCUGGCUGUCAUACAGAAACUGCGCUUUGCGGUCAAUCACGAUGAGAAGGUGAAUCUGGAAGACAAUAAGUGGGAGGAUAUCCACGUGACUACAGGUGCUCUGAAGAUGUUUUUCCGGGAGCUUCCAGAGCCUCUGUUCACUUACGCAUCCUUUAAUGACUUUGUCGAAGCCAUUAAGCCCUCCGAUUACAAGCAGCGAGUCCAAUCCAUAAAAGACUUGAUCAAACAGUUGCCAAAACCCAAUCAGGAAACAAUGAAAGUAUUAUUCAGACACCUGAAAAGAGUGAUAGAUCAUGGCGAGGUGAACAGGAUGACUACCCAGAGCGUGGCUAUCGUGUUCGGCCCAACCCUGCUGCGGCCAGAGGUCGAGACGGGCAAUAUGGCGGUUCACAUGGUCUAUCAGAACCAGAUUGUAGAACUCAUCCUUCUAGAGUAUGACAACAUUUUUGGCAGGUAGAAUCAAUUCAGAGAACACAACGCCAGUUUAACAUCUCAUAUCCAUCGCACAAAAACGCACCACUGCUUAAUGGAUUAUAUAAACAAACGUGAGUGGAUUUACUGUGACAUAUGACUGGAUAUAAGCAAAGAAAAUGACUACAGGAAGAUUCUUUAUGCACUUAAUAUUUUUUGAAGUUCUGAGGA